AGAGAAGUGUCCUAGGUCUUCCUCGCGAGUUCUAGGCGAUGGCAAUGCGGCGAUGAGAGAUGGGCGCGAUCGAUCAUGGCGCUGCGAGCUCGAAUCAGGUACUACUGCUCCGUUCCAGGGAAGCCAGCGAGCAUCGGCAAGCCCGCAUCCUUCGAUUUGCCGCUGGUGGCGCGCAUGAAUCAUCCCAUCGACGCGGAGCCGGUGCCGGGCGAGGACUCCAUCACCGCCAUCCGGCAGCUCCUCAAGUGGCUCCACUGGGGUCCGGGCACCAUCGACGCGCUGGUGGACAUGAAGCACCAGUACAAGCUCCGCCUCACGCCCUUCGUGGUGGAGGGUGUUCUUCGCGCGCUCCACACCGACGUCCAGACGUGCUACGAGUUCUUCCUCUGGUCGGGCCGCCAGCCCGAGUGUGGAUUCGACGCUUACAGCUGCAGCCGCAUGGUCAUGAUCCUGGGCGCCGCUCGCGAGUACGACGUCCUCGAGAGAAUGCUGGCCGCGAUCCAAGACACUCCCUGCAGAUACCACGUCCUGGUAUCCAACGCCGUGAUCGCGGCUUACGGCCGGAGCUCCAGGAUCCACAAGGUGAUGGACGAGUUCCAGGAGCUGGACAAGCACGGAUCCAAGCCCAACGCCUACACUUACAAGUGCGUCAUCCAGUCGCUCGUCAAGGCCGGGAAUGUGGUGCUCGCCAUGGAUUUCCUGGACAAGAUGAUCAAGACCGGGCUGGAGCCCGACACUCUCCUCUACAACGUGGUGCUGGAUGGACUGGGCAAAGCCAACAUGAUCGACGAGGCUUGCAAGCUCUUCGCGAGCAUGAAAUCCAUGGGCUGCCCCGCGGAUGACUACACGUAUGCCAUCCUCAUCCGGAGCCUCGGGCGGUGCAAGCGCGACGAGGAGGCGACGCUGCUCUUCGACGAGAUGGAGGAGCGGGGAUGCACGCCCAGCGCUCCGGCCUACACCAACGUCAUCGACAUCUACUGCAAGGCCGGGAGGAUCGAGUCGGCCAUGGUGGUGCUCAAGAAGAUGCUGGACAAGAACUUGGCACCGGACGACUACACUCUCAACUCGCUCAUCACGGCCGUGAGCCGGACCGGGAGGGUCCGCGGCGUCUACCAGGUGAUCCGCGACUCGAAACACUUCGCCACCGCUGCCAGCAUGAAUGCUCUCAUCGCCAACUUGAGCCGGCGAGGGAACGUGAGCGAGGCGUGCAUGAUCUUCGCGGAGAUGAAGUCGGACGGGAUCGAGGCUGAUGCUAGCACGUACGCGCUGGUGCUGGACGCGCUCAGCCGGGGGCGUGAGAUCGACCGAGCGGUGGAGCUGUUUGGCGAGAUGGAGCAGCGCAAGAUCGCGAUGAAGAUCGAGAGCUGCAACUCGCUGCUGCUGGCGGUGGGACGAGCCGGGAAGACGGAGCUGGCUUGCGAGAUCUUCGAGCGGAUGAAGAAGAGUGGAGUGGCUGUCAACACCGUCUCCUUCAACGCCAUGCUCGACUGCUGCGGCAAGGCUGGGAAAGUUGGCCUGGCUUAUCAGUUCAUGGACGAGAUGGAGGCCCGCGGGAUCAAGCCGAACUCGAUCACUUUCAACACGCUCAUCAACUGCCUGGGACGAGCAAAGUACGCGUCCGAGGCGUACAAGGUGCUGCAAGAGAUGCGAAGCGCGGGGCUGACGCCGGACGUGUUCACGUACACUUGCAUGAUCGAGGCAUUCGCCAAGGCUGGAAACAUGGGCAAGGCGUUUGAGAUGUUUGGCGACAUGGAGAAGGCCGGGUGUAGUGCGAACGUUGUGACUUACAACCUGUUGAUCGACGCGCUGGUCAAGGCCGGGCGGUACCAGGACGCGCGAGACAUAUACUUCGACAUGAAGAAGAAGGGGAUACUUCCGGACGCCAUCACCGCCACUGUCUUGCAGCAGCUGGCUGGGAAGUGUAAGCUGUCGGGGAUUUCGCUCGACGAGAACGAGCAGCGGCCAUCGCCAUUGUCAGCGCCAUCGCCAUCGUCACCGGUUCUAGAGAAGAAGAGUUUGCAGCAGGAAGAAGAGGAGGAGGAGAAGAGCGCGAAUGAUAUCUACCGCAGUACGCUGUGGAGGUCAUGAGCAAGGAGAUUCGUGUCUUGGCAGAGCGUUCCAUUCAGCGUAAGUAACGAGUUCUUUCGCACUUGAUGUAUUGUCAGAGGAUUGCACAGCCAUCGCCAUGCGUACCAGAGGUGAGAAGCUCUCUCAGUGUUUUCUUUUUUCCAAGGUCGCUCUCUCUCUCGCAGCAAUUGACCACUGACUUGGACUGACCAGGCCAGGAAAGAGGAGCAUAAUUUUCGUUUGGAGCUAUUCCAAUCAAUGCGGGAGAUUUGUAGUAGAGAUUUGGAGAAAUUUGGAAGUUUCACUGGCACUUCUCAUGGGAGGAGUGGAGACGAGACUUCUUCGCGGCAACUUUGGUUGUGGUAUUAAGAAAUAUUUGUCCACGAUUGCCAUGUUC